GAAAUAAAAUGAUAAAUCUCUCCACAUCGGCAGCGGCACAUGCAUACGCUUGUCGUAGUGGUGGAACUGGUAUGGUGGUAAGCAGGAGUGUUCCCAACAGUCGUGGUAUCCGUUCAAUUACGGCGUCGGUCGCCAGCGCAGAUAGCGCGAUGGAAACGGCCGUUGGAGGGUUGGAAAUGCUCAGCCAAGGAUAUGGUAGCAUUGGCUUCCGAAACAAUCGAUUUCAGUACGAAAUACCCACGGUUGGCCAGCACUAUGGCAAUGCCUUCCAUCUGACAGAAGAUGAUGACGAUGUGCGCGAUUUUCUCGUCGAACAUCAACGUUACGGCACCGAUGUGCACCACGACAUCAUGGAGGAACAUAUCGCGGAAGAUGACGAUGAGGAGGAAGACAUCGAAAUGUCCACUGGAGUCGAGGUGAUAUCGAUUGAUCCAAAUUGUGAUUACGACACGGAUGAAGAAGAAGAGGAAGAGGAGGACGAGGAGGAAGAAGAUGAUAAUGAAGAAGAUAUAAAAUGUAAGAUCGAUGCAAAAAACGAAAAAGUGCCAGAGUAUGAAAACGGUGCAUCAGGAAAAGAGGCUGCUCUCUUCCAGCCAACUGCGAUUCUAAACGUCGCAAUGGUUAACGACGCACAGAAUGUAACACAGUCGGUUGAUCCAGCCCCGGCCACCGUGUUACGAAACGAUGGUGAAGUGUAUGAGAUGUACAGUAGUGUUGGUGGCGUACAUUGUCACAUCCAGGAUGAGCUGGUGGAAGAUGUAAAUCGCAGUAGAAGCAGGAUUAGUGCUAACACAGACAUCAGUUCCAGUAGUAGUUCUAGUCGUGAUAGCAGUACCAGCAGUACGUAUGUCUCGGAUAAAGAUAGUAGCAACCAAUUACCUUUUGCUUCCACCCGGCCAGCGGAAGAGCAAGAGCAAGGUGCAGUGGUGCACCAAUACCACCAAUCGUACCAUUCCGAAGAAGAUGAAGAUGAGGAGGAGGUGGAGGACGAUGAUGAUGAUGAUGAUGAUCCUGGUUUAGAUUUUAGCCCAUCGAAAAAUACGCUUUGGGAGCUGCCGGCCAAAUUGUUGCAAGAUACGUCGGGCCGAAAGAAGUCCAAAACACAACCGCACGGGCGCCGGAAACGUUGCUCCACUAGUCAGCGGCAAUCGUUCUCGAUGCCACAUUCACCGGUUGGUGCUGGAACGGUUGAGAGUGGUCCGGUAAUCGGUGGUGGACUGUUACCGACCAGUCUAAGCUUUGACGAUCUAGAUUCGCUCGUUUGCGAUCUGAGUCCGUUGAAGAAUGUGUCAACGGGAAAAGCUUCUACCCACGGGCUGGAAGAGGAUGACUUGUUAGCCGAUCCAUUAGCAAAUGCGUCAAAUUUCGAUCUAACCGCAUAUAUAACUGGAGAUGAUGAUAACGCGCCCUGCGAGACUGCUGGGCAGCGUCGCAAAGUUGAACCGGUGCAAUCCCCACCCAAGCGUGUCCUUCCUAAAUCCCGCGGUAAAGAACUGAAAGUGCUCCGUCAGCAUAUGAUGCUACUGGAGCCUCAGGAUAACGAGGUUGAACUGGAACCAGCUUCGAACGGUAAACGGGACAGCGCAGCAAAAGCGGUUCGUAAACUAACGAUGGAUGAUGAGAGUAGUGAUAGUGAAGAUGAGGAUGUAGCACAACAAACAAAUAGUAAAAAAGUUGAUAAUCGAAACGAAACGAGAGGAAUACGGAGAGUGAGUAAAAGAAAAUUGGUGGACGAUACCGAUAAGGACCCUACGUGGAAUCCGAACGGUGUUGGUAGUAGUAAUAGCAGUAGCAGUAAAACCAAAUUUGAAACCAAGGUAUCAAAUCAAAAGCAGUCAACGACGCCAGGUUCGACGACAAGUUCGGUUGGUGUUGGAUUGAAUGCUGGUACUAGUAAACCGGUCAUUGGCAGCAAUCAGUGUAGUAGCAGCGGUGAGGAAGCAUGCUCAAAACCACCUCCGCCUUCUGCAAUUGUAAAGAAGGGAAUAAAAUUUGGACAAGUAAUAAAGACGGAGUCAUCUGGUUCACGAUUUCAAGCUGCUACUGCUUGUUUGUCGAAAAAAUCGCCCAACAAUGGUGUUACUCCAAAACCGACCACAGCGAAAGUGGAAACAGGUCGCGAUCACCAUAAUCAAGCCCACACGAAUGUCCACCGUAAGAAGACUAAUGUAAAGUUAGACCACGACUAUUGCUCGCCAAAGCGAGUCUCGCAUAUACACACCACAACCGGUGGAAAUAGCCAUGUCCCAGGAUCUCUCAGUAUUGCUACUGCUGCCGGUGGUGGUGGUGUUGGUAGUAGUGGUAGUCUGCCACGCAAAACGAUUGAGAUUCCAUUUCUACUACCAACGAAAGAGCAGCUACGACAGGAACGCAAAUUACAGAAGGAAAAGAAGCGCACCGACCAACCGACGUCGACGGUGGCAACAAAAAAACAACUUGUGGCACAAUCGAGCGUCAGUUCUACCUCGUCUGAUAAUGCGAAAGAUAAGCAAGUUCAGCAGUACCGUGGUGGCAGUGGUGCGAGUAAGUCUCCGUUGAAGAUAGCAGCAUCUGCAAGCGGCAAUGGUCCGCUAUCCAAUAAUUCGCCGAAGCCGCUGUCGACAUCCGAGGCGAAACGAAGUGAUGUAAAUGAAACGUGUGUAAAUAAGAUCGCUACUGCAGUCGGCAGCCGCAGUGGCAGUGGUGGCGCUAAUGAAGUAAGCCAAUCGGCAAAGAUGUGUGCGACGAUUCCCAACGCCAUCGGAGGUAGUGUGAAACGGCAAAUUUCACUGUUGAAGAUAAAUCAACCUGGCAAGGGUGGUGCUGUCACAACAAGUCAUGUGAGCAACGGUAACAGCGCACAGGAGAAAACCGUUGAAACGAUAAGUGGCAACAGCAGUCAACAAGAAACGAUCGUAACUAGCAACGCCGCCGACUCGACGACGCUUGUUGAAGAUUUGGAAGGAGGUAAGCACGAGGUAGUAGUGCGUAAAAAGCUCAAUUUACAGGAGUACAAAAAGCGUCGUGAACAUCCGGAAUCAUCCGUACAGAAAGCAAGCGACCCUAUCAUUCGUCAACAAUAUGUUAGUAGAGAUAGUACGAGUAACGGUAGUCCUCCGAUAAACUCUACAAGCGGGUAUAGUAAUAGUAGUAAGUGUCCGAAUUCUAAUGGUGUGGUGAUAGCGAAACCAGAACCAACCCAGAUAACCAAGCCAGACAGGCAAUCGAUGCAUCAGAAUAGCCUCAAACCACAAGAACCGCUGGAUCCUAUCUCUGCCGCCAAAAUGAAAGCUUUGCGAAUGCAGCAACUGAAAAAGGAGGCAGCAAUCAAAUCGAACGAGGUGAAACUUAGUCAAAAAACGAUCCCCCUUAUGCCGAUUCUACCGCUUGCACAGAUCACCUCGCUUGAGUUUGACGAGCACGGCAAUCCGCUGCCAUUGGACGAUGCAUCCAACAGAGCAGGACAAAAUAUGGCCAGUUCCGUUAACGAUUCGCUUAAGUUGCAUCCGGAUUACGAGGAAAUCAUUAUAGUUUCGAUCGGUUGUAAUACGUCCCUGACGAUAGAACCGUCGGAGAAAGAUAGCGAAACGGGCGUUGAUCAUCUACCAAACGGCGCGGAAGAUGAUCGACGUCAUCAGCAUCAGAACAGCACCCAGCAAGGUCCGGGAUCGGAAAAAGAAGUCACCCGACUGUUAAACAUUUCGGACACCAUUAAACGAUGCUGUCCGUCGGUCGACACAAUGCCAGGCAGUUCGCUCAUCGCAAGCAUACAGGAGGUGAUGAUAAAAAAAUCUAACAAAAGCACCCCUAAUCCUCAAGGACUAAUGGGUAUGGAUGCAUCGAUAGCCGAGGGUGCAGUCACACUGAAAGCGGAAACAAUGCCGGCAGUCGGAUCCGGAGCGCGUGAUCAACAACAGCAGUAUCUAUUGCACCAGACCUCACCGUACGUGGGUGUAUCGCCUCCGAGUUCUUUCUCGCCGGGCAAACCAGAACGAGCGCAAACAACAAACGCUCGAACGAUGGGCGACGAAGGUCCAGUUAAACCAAGUCGCACCUCAAAGGUGCUUUCUUGCCCUCCUGCUACUACUACUGCUGUGAUCGCAACACAAACCGAUAUAGAUGCUGCCGUCGAUGCUGUGACAGAACAUGGCGAAGACAAAGUGAUCAUGCAUUUGCGGAAAGAUCGUGUACGUGCACAGCGCAUCGAUGCAGCUACACAAACCGAUCCAUGCGGUCGGUUUCCUCCGUUGUGUAAACUUGCUCUCCCGAGCAUGGCAUCGAUUGAGGACAGUGGCAGCAGCAACAGCAGCAGUAAGGAUUCUUCCACCAUUCUUCUUGCUAGACAGCGUGAGCAGCAGAAGCGCACCGAACGGCAACGAUCGUACCGUCGGCUUCGUCGCAGAAACGGUAGCGAAUCGCCAUCCGAUGCAGAUUCGGAUGCAGCCUCCGAUCGCCAUCCGUCUGGCCGUUCGAAGUCGCACCAAGAACGGCAUCACAGGGUGCGGGAUCGUAACAGUCACAGUCACAGCCGGAGCCGCAGUCGACAUCGUUCCUCACGACGUCGAUCUUCGUGUUCGUCUGGUUCGCGAUCGCGUUCGCGAAGUGGUUACUCUUCUCGCGUGCAUCUUAACCAUCAUAACCAGCAACCGCACUGUAUAGCCGAUAUAAGCGGCGGAUGCAACAACACUAGUAACAGCCGUUAUUCGCGCAGUCGCCGAAAAUCGCGCACGUGCUCGAGGUCGUCCUCCUCGACGUCAUCAUCCCGGUACGGUAGUCGUGGACGCCGCUCGCUAUCGUCCUCCUCUUCCACCAGCUCGAUGUCAUCGUCUGGUGCGUCCGAUGGUGCGGUGCAUCGUACGCGUAGCCGUUCUCGCUCGCCACGAUCCCGUUCCCGGUCGGGUAAACGAUCGAGUACGCCCGAUCGUCAACACUAUCACACGCGAGAACGUGUCAUCAACAAUCAUCGUCGCGCAAUCUCACCAGAGCGCAACAUUGUGUAUGUCGGUCGGUUAGAGAGCACCGUAAGCAAAGAAGAUUUACAGCAGAAAUUUGAACCGUAUGGUAAAAUUGUCAAAAUUACUUUGCACGUCAAGGCCAACGGCUCCCGGUAUGGGUUUGUGACGUUCGAGAAACCUCAGCAUGCGUACGAUGCCAUCGAUGCUUGCGGAACUGAUGCUAACCUGCGGAACUACGACGUCAGCUUUGGCGGACGUCGAGCGUUCUGUCGCACACAGUACGCGGAUUUGGAUGGCGAAGUGUCCAACGAUCACGAUCAUCAGAUGCCAUACGUUACGCUCGAUGGGUCGCUUCUGCUGCCGUCUAGAGGACCACUGCCGUACAGUGUCGUCCCUGCCGUCUGCCACAAGGAAUCGAUGAUGUACGGGAGUGCUGGCGCGCUUGCCGGCAGUGGUACUACUGGCGGUGAAAGCUUUGACGAUUUGCUGAAGAAGUUCAAGAAGGAGAUAAGUGCACGGAGAACAUGACCUCGCUGCUGCUGGUUAGACAGGAAGUCAGGU